CAGUAAUAAAAGUACUGGGGGGACAGGAUCCAUAAAGUUGCAGAAGGUUAGCAAACGCCUUUUCGGUCUCGAGAGGGUGUUGAGUUUACGCCACUUGUCAGCUGCAUUCUCUGGAGCGCUUCAUGCAUGUUCAUAUACAUGUCGUCUCCAAAUAAAGAAGACGACGAUGAGUUUGAAGACGUGGAGUUUGUAUCUGAAGGCCAACUCAGGCCAGUGCUGGAAUGUGUUGAUUUGCUGAGCGAUAGUGACGAAGAGGGAUGUUCGUCCUCAUCAAGAAUGAUCGAAGAUGAAAUCAACCGUCGAAAGGGACAUGCUGAAUCUAUUCUGGAUACACUGGGAAAACGGGUGGCUCUGGAGCAGCAGGAAAGAGAGGAUAAAUCGAGAGCAUUCAAGGAGAAACAAAUACAACAAAAAAUUCAUGCACAGCAGGAACUUGCACGACAUGGAAGAAAUCUAGAGGCAAAGCACUGUGUGGAGAUGUGGCUAAAAAUGCCAGACCUGCAGCCUGGAGUGGUCAAUUCUGGUUCUGAAAGACGACGCAGAGCUGCUUUCCCUAUGAACACUUCGACUAAACACGCAUGUCCUGUAAUUAACUGUUGUCGUGUUUUUGAUCAUGUGGCUCUCCUUGACGGACAUCUGAAAAGGUUUGACCACUCGCCUUGCGAUCCAACCAUCAGUCUUAAGGGAAGACCCAGAAAGCUAUUCGCCUGUGUGGCCUGUUGUCGUCAUUUUCAGACCAAAGAAGAGUGGCAGACCCAUCUUCUAUCUAAGGCGUUGUCAUCUCAUCCCGACGGUCACUGCAUGUCACAGAGCUCCCAAUCCAUCGUGGGCUUUGCCUGUCCCACCUGCUACCUCCUUUUCAACCAGCGGGACGAAUGUCUUCGGCACAUGGCAGCAAAAAAUCACUUCACUGAGUCCCUCACUAUGAGCGACACCAAAAGAGAUGUGGUACCAGUUCCGGUUCCGUGGCUCGCUAAGGAUCGCCUCAUUGCCUUGUGCAAGGAAACCCCAUUCACCGUCCGAUGCUCUUUGUGUCAAAAAGUGCUGACUUCUCAUCAGGCAGCUCUAGCUCACUUUAAUGUGAACUGCAGACAUGGCAGUGCAGUGGCAAAGGCUGAUGCGACAGUGGUGCAGAUAAUGAAACAACUGCAAGUGCGAGGCCAGUGCCCUCGGUGCUCUUUAAUCUUCCUGAGCCAAACAGAAGUGGAACGUCACAAAGAAGACACCCAACAUGAGGUGGCGGUCAACAAGACCAUUGAGCAAGCUCUUCUUCAGUACAACUGGUUUCAUGAAAAACAAAACAGGUCCAGGGGUAAUAUUGACGACGAAAGUAUCUCGGGCAAGUUUCGAGCACUAAUUCAUCAAAGCAGCAAGACUAAGCGCGAGUUUGAAAACACACCUGCCAAACGAAAAAAGAGAGGCCGCGCAACCGCAUGGUUCUGCGAGUGUGGAAUGAAGUUCACGGAGGAAACCUCGGCCCUUAAUCACCUCUUAGAUGCGAACCAAAUCUGUUACCAAUGCGGUGUGUGCGGCAAACGCAUGGCAGAAUCUUCCAUCCCCGACUUGCACAUGAGCCGUAUUCACGGGGGUGGACAUCUAUCCAACUUCUUUUUCUACUGCCGCAAGUGCAAAGUGGAAAUCCCUCGCCUCGAGGAUAUCAUGUCACACGUGUUGGACACACACGCCGGGCACACGUCCUUCAUUGAGCAGGAUGUGCCUGAGGAUGCCCAACCGUCGACCAGCAGUAACAGCAAAAUGGACCCGUGCACAUCCAAGUCCACGAUUCGGCCCAAGCCAGCGGCGGCAACUACGGCGUUGACUUGGAUGUGCAGAAUGUGCGAGGACAUCUUUGACUCGGAGGCUGCCGUCCGGAAACACUGCGGCGACCUGAGCAGUCACAGCUUUCAAAGGUACAAGUGUGGCCACUGUCCACAGAAGUUCUUCAAAGAGUCCACGGUGCGGCGGCAUUGUGCCAACGAGCACGAUGGGCGAAUGAAGAGCACCUACUUCUGCGGUCUCUGCGACAGCAUGCAGUUUGAGUCUGAAGGAGAGUUCCUGCACCACUACAAAAGCCUGCACAGUAACGACUACUACUCUAUAGGCAACACCAAUCUUGUUCAGCCCUCUGUGCGGAUUACAUCUGCAGAGUCAUGUCCCUGCAUGAACUCUGAGAAGAACAGAGAUGAAAUGAAAGUUGCCUACACUCAGUGCAUGAAGACACUAUCAUCUGAAGGUCUAUGUCAAUACGUGUGUGCUCCUUGCGCUCUUUGCGUGUCCUCCUAUGCACAGAUCAAGACGCACGUCAACACCACGCACGCUGCAUUGAACUUAGACAAGACCUUUGAACUAGAAUGCCAAACUUGCAAGCAACGCUUCGGAGAUGUGCCGAAGUUCCAUAAUCACCAUCAUUCCCAGCACUGUGCGUUGCAGCCAUGCGUGAGCUCCAGGGCCUGUGGGAAAGACAUCACGAAACAACCCCAAACACUGAAUGAUGUUGAGGUCACAGAACAGCGAAAUGACACACUAGGAAGUGUCGUGUUUAAAACGGAGCAGAUGGAAAUGGAAGUUGAUCAAAGUGAGCAUCAAACCCUGCAUGGCUCCGGCUCAUUAGAUAAAUCUGAUGAAAAGGUGAAAGAAGCACUGGCCUUAAGCGCGGAAGACCGAGAAUCAGCAGAUCUCAACGAGGCUCUUCAAAGAAGCCUUCUGGACUUCUGAGGAGAAGCUUUUUGCACGAGUUAUUUUGCUGAGAUGUCAAAUCAAUGACAUUCCGUGCUCUUACGGGUUCCUAUAUUACCCUAGAAACAAUACAGUACAUCACAGUCACUUCUGAUUUGAAAAAGCCUUUUUUUGUUUAUGCCUUUUGACGGCGUUAACACACACUACUGUUAAUGGCAACAGAGAACAACAACCAAAGAGAACAUACAUAGCCACGCUCUGUUUCACAGCUGUUUCCAUUACAGCAUCCAAAAUCCAAAGCAUUACACGCACCCUCAAGAAAACCUGCAUCCCAAGGAGUGAUUCCUCUUUACAGCAAUCGUCCACAAGCAGUAGUAAGAAUAAACUAUUGUCUCACUGUGAAUGAAACCGCUCAAUGCCUUCAUUGAACGGAAAUAAAAAACUAAUGUGAUAC